GAAUUAUUAAAUUAAGGGAAACCCCUUCCUUCUGUGGAUUUUGGGAAAGAAAAAUCCUGCCUCCGAUUUCUGCAUUCAAUGUAAAACGAGAGUGAACUUCAACAUUAUGGCUGCGGAUUUCGAAUAUAAACAAAUGUUAUUAGAACUGGACAAGUCUCUGAAAGCCGAAGAAUUUGAAUCCUUAAAAUUUUUAUGCAAAGAUGAGGUGAAAAAACGAGAAAGAGAAAGUGUCAACCGACCUACAGAUUUAUGGGAAAUUUUGGAGACGAGGGAGAAACUGGGUCCAAAUAAUCUAGCCUUCUUAAAACAGAUAAUUAAAGGUUCCUGUAAUGGCCGUCUUGAUGUUUUGAGAGUUAUUGAGAACUUUGAGAGGGGAAUUCCACUUGAUAGUCAACGACCUGUUAAUUCAUCAUCAUCAGUCCCCACGAAUCAUCCGUACGUGCAGCAGCCAGUGUUUUAUAACCCAGUUCUCAAACAGUAUGGGCAACAACCAGGUAUGCCUACUCGUGAUCGUCCCCAGGUUACUUCCAUCAUCCACUCCAGUGCAGUGAAUGUGGACAAAUACAUGAAAGAAAUCAAUUUCCUAACAAAGAAUUUGGGGAGGGAGUGGAGGUUUUUCAUGAGGACCCUUGGAGUGACGGAUGGUGAUAUGAUGUCUGUGGAGCAGGACCACCCCCGCAGUUUGAGGGACCAGAUUUACCAGUGCCUGGUCCUGUGGAUCAGUAACAAUGGUGGACAGUUUGACAGGGGUAGAAUAGUUGCGGCACUGCGGGAUUCUGCAGUGGAGAGAUAUGAUUUAGCCGGAAGGAUUCAAGACUGUGACAUUUAAUUAAGACAGUGUAUAGAUUAAUGUUUUACUACUGAAUGACUUAUCUCCAGCAAUGGUGGUUUUCUCUGUAUACAAUUUAUGUCUUUGUUGUAUACAUACAGAUAAUAUUAAUUUUUUCACCUCAUAUUGAUCCAGUGAAUGAGAUAAAAUGCUUUACUAUAUGCAUUAUAUAGUGUAUUAAAUAGAGUAUGUGGUAUUAAAGGUAAACGUUCCAAGUGCGACUGACAAUUUUUUCUUCAUUUUGAAUAGUCAAUUUUGUAAAGAAAAUGCAUGUAAUGUAUUUUUGAAAUUUGUAAAUACUAUAUAUUCACUCUUUUUAUUAAAAUUAAUAAAUAUUUAUGACAAUGAAAA